AUGCUUCAACGCACACUUCUACCGUGCCAAAGGAGACUUUUCCACAGCGUCCGUCCCCUCUUCAACAAAAACCCGCUCAUUCACGAAAACGGACUCUACUACGGCAAAUUCACCAAGGAGGAGUACGACAAGGCCAAGCAGUUCGUCACCACCCAGUACGAAAAGCUCGAGAAAGAUAUCAAGGGCACAGAGCAUGUGCGUGAAAAGGUGGGAAAAAUGCCCCAGUUUCCUUCUCGUGGGCCCGCCAGGGGCGUGGCCAACUUGCUGGAUUUCUUCCAGGAGAUGAUCAAAACGACAGGUCCCAUUCCUCUCUCAGCUUAUAUGAGACAGUGUCUUACCCACCCAGAGUUUGGCUACUACACCACAAGGAACCCAUUGGAUGCUCUAGGAGGCGAUUUUAUCACGUCGCCGGAGAUUCUGUCCGUGUUUGGCGAAAUGAUUGGAAUCUGGCUAUACUCAGUGUGGACCAGUCAGGGCUCGCCUAAAAAGAUCAGAAUCGUCGAGUUCGGCCCGGGAAAGGGCACCCUCAUGCACGACGUGGUCAUUGUGUUCAACAAGUUCGUUGCCAAAUCGGCGGCGGCUGUUGACAUCGAGGUUGUCAUGGUCGAAGCCUCUCACGUUCUCCGUAAAGAGCAGCACAAGCUUUUGUGCAAUGAUAACACCUACGAGACGACAUCCGAAGGCUACAACACGUCAACUACAAAAUGGAACAACAAGGUGACGUGGGUCGACACCGAAAAGGACAUCGUCCAGGCCUCAGACACCGCCAAUUACGUCUUGGCUCAUGAAUUUUUUGAUGCUUUGCCAAUAAAGUCGUUUACAAAAACGGAGCACGGCUGGAGAGAACACGUCGUAGAACACACCCUGGCGGUGUUAAACACUCAACCCAAAUUGGAGGGUUCUAGUCCAGUGCAGAGCGAGGAAAACGAAGAGCUCAACACAGACUUCCACCUCACUGUAUCGCCAAAAGAAACACCCUCGUCGGCCAUUCCUACCUUGAGCCUGCGCUACAGAGACUUGCCUGAAGGUCUGCGUGUGGAGAUCUGUCCAGACGCUGAGCUCUACUUAUCGCACAUUUGCAAUUUGGUAAACGGCUAUAGCGACGGUCUGGCUGGAGCAGCAUUGAUCAUUGACUACGGCCCGGCUGACGAGGUACCUUCCAACUCCUUGAGGGGUAUCUAUCAACACAAGUUUGUGUCUCCGUUCUAUAAGCCUGGCGAUGUAGAUCUUUCCAUCGACGUUGACUUUGCCAAUCUCAAGGACUUGGCUGAACCGCACCUUUCUGUAUAUGGGCCAGUUGAGCAAGGUGACUGGCUCCACGAAAUCGGAGUGGGCUACCGAUUUGACCAGCUUAUCAAAGCUGCGAACCUGAUGGCCAACAAGGAGCUGAUUUACGACUCUUACAUUCGGUUGACGUCUAAAGAUGAAAAAGGCAUGGGCAAAAUCUACAAGUUUUUGGGUCUUUUGCCCCACAAGUCCACGAAGCCCAUUGGAUUUGGUAUGUAG